AUGUCCCUCCGUGAGCAUGCGCUGUCCCUCUUCCGCAGCGCAGUGGGCACCGUCCAGCCGGCUGCAAUGCUGAAGAGGGCUGUGAAGCUCCAGGGAGGUGAGUGCCCUCAGCUGCUCGUGAAGGGCCGGGCCUUUCCAGUGAAGAGGGACCUGUACCUGGUGGGUUUCGGCAAAGCUGUGCUGGGGAUGGCCGCAGCAGCAGAAGAAAUCCUGGGAGACCACCUCGUUCAGGGGAUCAUCAAUGUGCCACUAGGCAUCCAGGAGAGCCUGCAGCGAGCAGGAACGCAGGAGAUGCUCCUGAAGCCACGCAGCAAAAUCCGGGUCAUCGAAGGUGCCAAGAACAACCUCCCGGAUGCAGAGGCUCUGAAGGGAGCAGUUGCCAUCCAGGAGCUGGCUGAGGGCCUGACUGCAGAUGACCUGCUCCUUGUGCUGAUCUCAGGGGGUGGAUCAGCCCUGCUGCCUGCUCCCAUCCCUCCCAUCCUCCUCAAAGAGAAGGAGGAACUCACAAAGAUGCUGGCUUCCCAAGGAGCUGCCAUACAGGAACUGAAUAUUGUCCGGAAGACUCUGUCCUUGCUGAAGGGUGGAGGGCUGGCCCAGCUCGCAUAUCCCGCACAGGUGGUGAGCCUCAUCCUUUCUGAUGUGAUUGGUGACCCCGUGGACAUCAUAGCGAGUGGGCCCACUGCUGCCAGCUCCCACAGCAUCCAAGACUGCCUUCAGAUACUCGCCAAAUACAACCUGCUACACAACCUGCCCAAGUCAGUGGAAACAGUUCUGUCCAGCUCUCCCACCAAGCCCAGUGCUCCAGAAGACUACUCCCACGUUUGCAACAUCAUCAUCGGAUCAAACAUGCUGGCUUUAGAAGAGGCCAAACGCCAAGCUGAGGGCCUGGGCUAUGCAACUCUGAUUCUGAGCGCAGCAGUCUGUGGGGAAGUCAGCCGUGUUGCCACGCUGUACUGCCAGCUGAUCCGGCUAGUCUGCCUGGGCUUCACCGGCCUCAGAGAAGGGCCCCUGGGUAAUGAGGUGAGAGGGAAUCUCCUGCAGCUGGUGGCAGAGCUAGAGAUCCCGGGUUUGAACCUUGCCGAGUUUCUACAGGCCCUGCGAGGAUUAGGACCUGAAAGACCAGUCUGCAUCCUGGCCGGUGGAGAAACCACGGUUCAGCUUCAAGGAACGGGCAAAGGAGGGAGAAACCAGGAGCUGGCCCUGCGCGUGGGGCUGGAGCUGCACAGGGCACAGGCUACAGAACUCAGCAGCCCCCCAGGGAGAUGCGAGAUCGUCUUCCUCAGCGGGGGAACGGAUGGGCAGGAUGGGCCCACGGAGGCGGCGGGUGCCAUCUGCAGCCUGGAGCUGGUGGAUGAGGCACUGCAGGAGGGCCUCGAUGUGGAGGCUUUUCUCAGCAACAAUGACUCCUAUGCGUUCUUCAGCCAGUUCCAAGGUGGGCAUCACCUCCUGGUGACAGGCUUAACAGGCACCAAUGUCAUGGACAUCCAGGCCGUUUUAAUUAGAGCCACGGAGAGAUUGUGA